GUACAGAUGUGGAAAGUCAUUUGACUGAUGAUUUUAUGCUACAAGAGACCAUGAAUUGCCGCUGUGCCUCUCUCUGUAUUAGUGCUAUAGCUGUGCUUCUCACUCCUUUUCACCAUUUGACUUUGGUGGAGGCUGGGAAGCUUCUUGUGGUACCAAUUGAUGGCAGUCAUUGGCUGAGUAUGCGGGAUGUUCUGGAUUUACUGCAUCAGCAGGGGCACCAUGUUGUUGUAAUCGCUCCAGAAAGUACUAUACAUGUGAGCAGCUCUCCAAGCUACCACCUCAAGGUCUAUCCAGUAUCCAUCUCUCAAGCACAAAUGAAAAAACACAUCUCCUCCUUCACUUUUGAGAUUUUUACCCCAAGGCCUCUCCUCCAGAAAUUGCAAAAAAUACGUGAAAAUCUGAAAGAAGGAGCAGAGCUUAUGAUGGACACUUGCAUUCACAUGUUGAACAAUAGUCACUUAAUACAAUUCUUGGAAGAGAGCUCAUUUGAUGCUAUCUUUACAGAUCCAAUGCUGCCAUGUGGUCAGAUACUUGCCGAGCACCUCACUGUACCUUCUAUCUACUUCAUGCAUGGGAUUCCUUGCAAUUUAGAUACAAAAGCCUCUAAGUGCCCACUACCUUUAUCUUAUGUCCCACAAAUGUCCACCGGCUUGACAGACCAUAUGACCUUCACAGAACGGGUGAAAAACAUUUUAGUCAAGAAUGUUAUAGUGCGAACCACUGAUUUUUUCAUGUGCAGGCUAUUCUAUAAACCUUUUGCACAGCUGGCUUCGGACUUCCUGAAGAAGGAUAUUACUGCUGUGGAUCUUUUCAGCCGGGCUUCCAUCUGGCUGAUGAGAUAUGACUUUGCUUUCGAAUUUCCCAGACCUAUAAUGCCAAACAUGGUGUUGAUAGGAGGCAUAAAUUGUGUACGCAAAAAGCAUCUUUCACAGGAAUUUGAACAGCUGGUGAAUAGCUCUGGAGAACAUGGAUUUGUGGUUUUUUCAUUGGGUUCCAUGGUGUCAGAAAUACCUAUUGAUAAGGCUAUAGAUAUUGCAAAGGCUCUAGGAUCUAUUCCACAAAAGGUGUUUUGGAGAUAUACAGGGAAAGUGCCCCCAAACCUUGCAGAAAAUACCCACCUUGUGAAGUGGCUGCCACAGAAUGACCUGCUUGCUCAUCCCAAGGCUCGUGCCUUCAUCACUCAUGCAGGAUCACAUGGAAUCUAUGAGGCUAUCUGCAAUGCAGUCCCUGUGGUCAUGCUGCCAUUAUUUGGUGACCAAAUGGAUAAUGCAGUAAGGAUUGAGGCACGUGGUGCAGGAGUGACACUCAACGUUUUAGAUAUGACAUCAGAAGACUUGAGCAAUGCCUUAAAGAAUGUCAUUGAAAACCCAAGUUACAAGAAGAAUAUUGAGCGUCUGUCUGCUCUGCACCUAGACAGACCAAUCCAUCCUUUGGACCUUGCUGUGUACUGGGUGGAGUUUGUUAUGAGACACAAAGGAGCACCACACUUGCGCCCUGCAGCUCAUGAUUUGAACUUUUUUCAAUACCACUCCCUAGAUGUCAUUGGAUUCCUCCUCCUUGUGAUAAUCACUACACUAUUCAUUAGCCUGAAGUGUUCCUGCAUGGUGUUCCGAAGAUGCUGUGGUCGAAGAUCCAGUCCGAAGUCAAAAUCCAAAUCCAAAUCUAAGCCGGAGUAAAAUUCUGCUUUGAAUAGAAUAUUUCUUAAAUUCCUGAAUUUGCAAAGUCUCCUUAACCAUGUGAAUUCCAGAUUAGCACAAUAUUCAAGUGUUUUCAUGUUGUAGAACAGGGUUGUCCACCUCACUUAUUCAGACAAGGAUAACAACACUAUUUAUGAUAUGCCCUGUUAAUUGGAAUAAGUCAUAGACUUUGGUACAAUUUUGAAAGUGCUUCUUUAAUUUUUGGUAUGUAUGCAGUUCUGGAUGACAGUACUUAUUGAUAAUAACAUGUCUGCAAUAAAUAUUCUAAACUUAAGUCCCACAUAAUAAAUGCAUUAGUUUUGUACACAUUUAACAUACACAGAUUUGAAAUUAAAUAUAUGUGCACGAAACAGAAUCCUUUGCCUUGCAGUGUGUAGAAAUUGACAUUUAACUGUGUCAGCUGACCGUUCUUAACUCCAAAAAUAAUGUUUGAACAAGCAUACACUCUUUAUACAACAUUGUGUACAAUGGAUCUAGAUAGCACACAAUGCCAUUUAGAAGUCUCGAGUGAAAUAAAAAAGUAUUUGAAUGUA